CAACCGCAUGAUUGUUUCUAGAGCAAAGAGCCCUUCCGUUUUUGCCUACUUUGCAGCAAAAAAAUCUUAACCCACUUCAGGUGGUAAUAGCAAAUAAUCAGAACCCAGAGUUUCAACUUAAUUACUGACCACAGCUAGAUAGUACACAUGGGGAUCGUUAGGACACAAGAAGAAGAGAAUGAAAGAAUGGAGUUUGAGGACUUCAGGCAGACUUUGGUUGCUUUUGCUGCCCUGGAAAGAAGAAAACAGAGUGAAGAAUUCAAAGGCCUGAGCUCCCACAAUGCCGACGUUGAUCUUGAAGAGAAGCUUGUUUGUGUUACCAGUGGUGUUUCUUUCCUUGGACUUGCCAUAGUUAACCGUCUCUUGCUCCGUGGAUACUCUGUCCGGAUCCUUGUUGAUAACCAAGAAGAUGUAGAGAAGCUGAGGGAGAUGGAGAGAUCAGGGGAGAUGAUGGCAUGUACGAACAAAAUUUCUGUGGUCAUGGCUAAGCCAACUGAAAUCCAGGGGCUAAUGGAGGCGUUUGAUGGGUGUCGUGGCGUGUUUCAUACCUCAGCUUUCGCUGACCCUGGUGGCAUCUCUGGAUAUUCAAAAUCCAUGGCUGAAAUAGAAGUAAAGGCCAGUGAGAAUGUGAUGAAGGCAUGUGCAAGAACUCCCUCUGUCAGGAAUUGUGUGCUCACUUCUUCACUUUUGGCCUGCAUAUGGAGAGACAGCACCCAACAUGAUCUCCCCACUUUGGUUAACCAUGAUUGCUGGAGUGAUGAAUCACUCUGCAUGGACAAAAAGCUCUGGUAUGCAUUGGGGAAACUGAAAGCAGAGAAAGUUGCAUGGAAAAUAGCAGAGGAGAUGGGCAUAAAACUGACCACCAUCUGUCCAGGGCUCAUUACAGGCCCUGAAUUCUCCUUAAGAAAUCCAACGGCAACAAUAGCUUAUCUUAAAGGUGCCCAAGAAAUGUAUGCAGAUGGGUUGCUAGCAAUUGUUGAUGUAAGUAGAUUGGCAGAGGCACAUUUAUCUGUGUUUGAGGAAAUGAACAAGACAGCAUUUGGAAGGUACAUUUGCUUUGAUCAAGUCAUCAAGAGAGAGGAGGAAGCAGAGAAGUUGGCAAGGGAAAUGGGGAUGCCAUCAAACAAGAUCUGUGGAGAUUCAUUCGACAUUAUUCCUACUCGCUUUGACUUGUCAAACAAGAAACUUACCAAUCUUAUGUCUAGGAAACUUAGAUGUUGCUAUGGUGAAAGUUAGCCCAAGUUAGCUUUCCCUUGGACUAUGCUUUUAUCAGCAAAACAGAGAAGAACAAUGUUUCCCACUGUCCAUUUUCUAAAUGAAGAUAAACCAGGGGUCCAUCUUCUUAAAAGUAAGCUGCAUUUUCACUUGUAAAGAGUAUUUUAGCUUAUUCAAGUUCACUGAUCAAACCAAAUAGGAUUAAUGCAUGAAUGACUUGAAGGCCAUAUAUGAAAUAAGUUAUUCAUAAGGCAAAGGUCCAUGGCAUUUCUCCAAUGACUUGCGUGGUUAAGGUCCACAAGUAUAGGUGACAAAUUGUCAAACGCUGCAACCUUAAGCUGCACCGUCCAUUGGAUCUUAGUCCUUAUCCCUCACCUGGGAUCACCUAAGUCUCAAGUUAGUUUUGGUGUUAGGUUCCUUUUAGAAAAACUUGUGUCUACAUUUCUGUUGUAAUUUUGAUAAUUUGAUUCGGGUGCAUGAAUUAGAAGGAAUAGAUAUUCAAACUAAACACUGAA